ACUACAGUUCCUAUACAAAAGUGAGGCGUAUCGAAAGGCGAGCACUAUUCUUAAUUCAAGUUUUAAUACCGACGGAGCUUAGAAUUUUCCGUAAGUGUGGUGCCGAUGUCACGACCGUCUCGAGACCGCCAAGAGUGGGAAGUCCGCGCCUCGGCGUUGGCUCGCAACACCCACAAUCUGAUCAGGAAUAUAGUCGAGAACCUUCGCGUAGAGCCCAACCCUGAAAAGCCGUUUCUCGCACUUUCAGUCGGGGAUCCGACGACAUUUGGGAAUUUGAAUCCUCCAGAGCAAGUUUUGGACGCAGUUCGUGAGAGUAUCGAGUGGACGAAGAGUAGGGGCUAUGGCCCUGCUCUGGGCCACAUGGAGGCGAGGCAGGCCGUGGCGGAGUAUAGUGCGCAUCAGGGCGACGUAACACCAGAAGAUGUGAUCCUUUGCAGCGGCUGCUCGCACGCCAUCGAGAUGGUCAUCGCCGUGCUAGCAGACUCUGGACAGAACGUGCUAGUACCCCGCCCUGGAUUCAUGAUAUACAAAACCCUAGCCGAAGGUUUAGGAAUAGAAAUAAAAUAUUAUAACUUGUUGCCGGACCAACAAUGGAAAGUGGAUCUAGAUGAUCUGGAGAGUCAAAUAGAUGACGACACAGCUUUAAUAGUCGUAAUUAAUCCAUCGAACCCUUGUGGCUCUGUGUACAGUGAAGAACAUUUGCUUGAGAUAUUGGACAUAGCGGCAAGGAACCGAGUGCCAAUUCUAGCUGAUGAAAUUUACGAAUUCUUCGUAUUUUCCGGACACAAGUUUACAGCAAUAUCAUCCUUGUCGAAAGACGUUCCAGUGCUCACAUGCAGUGGGUUGACGAAGAGGUUUUUAGUUCCUGGAUGGCGUAUGGGCUGGGUGAUAGUACACGAUCGGAACAACAUUCUGGGACAAGAGAUCAGGAAGGGACUGGUUAAUUUUGCUGGGAGGAUUUUAGGUCCUAACACAUUAAUACAAAGGGCGUUGCCGGCUAUACUUAGAAAUACCCCGCAAAGUUUUUAUGAUGAAGUCGUUCUGUUUAUUGAGAACCAAGCUAAGUUGGCGUAUGAGGAAUUGCGGCGGGCACCGGGGCUGCGCCCGAUCAUGCCACAGGGAGCGAUGUACAUGAUGAUUGAGAUCAAAAUGUCGCUAUUCCCGCAAUUUAAGACUGAACUACAAUUUGUAGAGCGGAUGGUGUCUGAACAAUCCGUGUUUUGCUUGCCAGGACAGUGUUUCGAUUAUCCCAACUUCAUGCGCAUCGUGCUGACGGCACCCGAAGACAUCCUGAGAGAGGCUUGCAGCAGAAUAGUGGUAUUUUGCACGGAGAACAUAGUUUCUGACAAAAUAAAAGAAAUAGACAAUGUCGUGUCCGUGUCCGCUGAAAAUGAACUGUGUGAAGGACUGUCACGCACUGCAUAAUCUCUAGUUUAAGAAUAUUUUUGUUAAUUUUAUAGUUGUAAUGUAAUAAAUAUUUUUUGGUCAUUGA